CGUCUCUCGGGCUCUCCUCUUCUUCUUACACAACAGAAGAAACAGAUUGACCUGAAACCCCAAACACCCCUCUUAUUGAUUCUUAGCUCUCUUUUAUCUCCAAUUCAACCCAGAAAAACCCCAGUUCUUCCACACCAUAAGCUUCAAGGAGCUGUGAAGCUCGGAAAGUGCUAAGUAUGCGAUCAAAGGACAGAAUCUCGUACUUUUAUGAUGGGGAUGUCGGCAGCGUAUAUUUCGGGCCCAAUCAUCCCAUGAAGCCACACCGGCUGUGUAUGACUCAUCACCUUGUGCUGUCUUAUGAUCUCCACAAGAAGAUGGAAAUUUAUCGGCCGCAUAAGGCGUAUCCUGUGGAGCUUGCGCAGUUCCAUUGAGCCGACUAUGUGGAGUUUCUCCACCGGAUUACACCUGACAAACAGCAUUUGUUCUCCAAUGAGUUGGCAAGAUAUAAUCUCGGAGAAAAUUGCCCUGUUUUCGACAACUUGUUUGAAUUCUGUCAAAUUUAUGCUGGGGGCACAAUAGAUGCUGCACGUAGGUUGAACAAUAAGCUCUGUGACAUUGCUAUAAAUUGGGCUGGUGGACUACAUCAUGCCAAAAAGUGUGGGGCAUCUGGAUUUUGUUACAUUAAUGACUUGGUCUUGGGUAUUUUGGACCUUCUAAAACAUCAUGCCCGAGUAUUAUACAUUGACAUUGAUGUGCAUCAUGGUGAUGGAGUAGAGGAAGCUUUUUACUUCACUGAUAGGGUAAUGACUGUUAGCUUUCACAAGUUCGGGGAUCUGUUUUUCCCAGGAACAGGUGAUGUUAAGGAAAUAGGAGAAAGGGAAGGAAAAUUUUAUGCCAUCAAUGUUCCACUAAAGAAUGGAAUAGAUGAUACAAGCUUCACCAGACUUUUCAAGACUAUUAUUUCCAAGGUUAUUGAAACAUAUCAACCAGGUGCAAUAGUUCUCCAAUGUGGGGCGGAUUCGCUUGCUGGAGAUCGCUUGGGCUGCUUCAAUCUCUCCAUUGAUGGUGCAUGUCUUAUUGUAAUUGAAGCAAUUUUUUCCUCCAUAUUUUUAACAAUUUAUAAGGAUUUUGUUUCUCUUUAAUUCUUAAUUAUUAUUAUGAUUUCUUAUUUAUUAUUUUAUUUAAUUAAUACAGCAUGGUCUCAAGAUAGUUACAAUUGUGGUUAUUG